AUGAACCAGAAGCUGCAACUUUACUACUCGAGGAAUGAAACUACGCGUUUGCGUAUUGAUGCUUUGGUGGAGAGGUGUCGGGAAGAGAACCAAGCAAGAAGAGACAUGUUGCAGCUUUGGGAGUCGACGGUUGGGCAAAUGGCAAAGCGAGAGAGUGACUUUGAAGAUCUUGCUAAGGUAAUGUGGACUCUACUUGGAUUUUAA